CACCGCAGCUGCAGCCGCGGCGCGGUGGGGGGGUAGGGCUGGAGCCCCGCCCCUAGGGAGGGGUCGUUCGCAGAUCCUGUCCCUAGGUCCCUGGUCCCACAAGAUGCUGGAGCGGGGCGCUGAGCCCCAGGCUGGGGGCACUGAACCGAGUCCCAGUGACAAGGAACCAGUCACCAAAGGAGCUCCCCUCCAGGGCCAGUCGUCGCAGAAGCCCAGCCAGCCUGCUCCGGGGCCUGCUGCCCGCUCCGGGGUCCCUCCCCGCCCCCGCCGGCGGCCCCCGCCGCAGCGCCCGCACCGCUGCCCCGACUGUGACAAGGCCUUCUCCUAUCCAUCCAAGCUGGCCACGCACAGGCUGGCACACGGCGGCGCCCGCCCGCACCCGUGCCCCGACUGCCCCAAGGCCUUCUCCUACCCGUCCAAGCUGGCAGCCCACCGUCUCACGCACAGCGGCGCGCGCCCGCACCUGUGCCCUCACUGCCCCAAGGCCUUUGGCCAUCGCUCCAAGCUGGCGGCUCACCUCUGGACGCAUGCGCCAGCUCGCCCCUACCCGUGCCCCGACUGCCCCAAGUCCUUCUGCUACCCGUCCAAGCUGGCGGCCCACCGCCACACGCACCACGCCACCGACGCCCGCCCCUAUCCCUGCCCACACUGUCCCAAGGCUUUCUCGUUCCCCUCCAAGCUGGCCGCCCACCGCCUGUGUCACGACCCCCCCGCCGCGCCGGGCGGCCAGGCCACUGCCCGCCACCGCUGCUCCAGCUGCAGCCAGGCCUUCGGACAGCGACGCCUCCUGCUCCUUCACCAACGCUGCCACCAGGUGGAGGGCCAGGGGGAGCGCGAGUGAAGGGCCAGCCCUGCCCGAUUCCCCGUUCUUCGCGGAGAGGUGGGGAUGAAGAGGGAGAUCGGCCUAAUUGGAACUUGGAAGACAAACUUUCCCUGCUCUGGGGAGAGGGGCGUGUCGCCACAAUAGUGCGUGCCGGGCCCAGAACCAUGGGUUGGGGUUCAAUUGCACUCCCAUUUCUGACAGCUGGGGUGAACUAGCCAGGGUGGGCCGUGGGGUAGUGAGGGCUACCGGAUGUUGACGUUGCAGCCACCUGGCUCAGAGGGAGAAAUUUCUCCCUCCGUGCGCAAGGCCUGGGUUCGGAGCCCAGGUGGUGCCCCAGGUGUGCGGUCGUGGAGCCUUGCACGCUGCUAUGAUGCUGAACAGGUUCCAGGUGAAGCAGUCAGGGAGGAAAGGUUUGAUGACCGACUUCCAAGAACCAGCCAGUACCACCUUAGGGGUCACACCGUGAGCUGCAGCCCUUGCUGGGGGUGGUGCUGGGCUGGCAGUGCUUUGUCUGCCAGGGUGGCUGUUGACAAUAAAGUGACGAGGCACCUGCA